AUGGAGGUGGAUAGCGCUGACCAUAUGGAUAUGGGUGACAACAAAGGUGGAACGGGGCUCAGACAGUACUACUUAUCAAAGAUCGAAGAAUUACAGUUGACAGUAAAUGACAAGAGUCAGAAUCUGAGACGUCUUCAGGCUCAACGAAAUGAGCUCAACGCCAAAGUGCGUCUACUCCGAGAGGAGCUGCAGCUGCUGCAGGAGCAGGGCUCGUAUGUCGGGGAAGUUGUGCGGGUUAUGGAUAAAAAGAAAGUGCUGGUAAAGGUGCAUCCUGAAGGCAAAUUUGUUGUGGAUGUGGACAAAAAUAUAGACAUAAAUGACGUCACUCCAAACUGUCGUGUGGCUCUCCGUAACGACAGCUACACGUUGCACAAGAUUUUGCCAAACAAAGUGGACCCUCUGGUGUCGCUUAUGAUGGUUGAGAAGGUCCCAGACUCGACCUAUGAAAUGAUUGGUGGACUAGAUAAACAAAUCAAGGAGAUUAAAGAAGUUAUCGAACUUCCUGUCAAGCAUCCGGAGCUCUUUGAGGCGUUGGGAAUCGCACAACCAAAGGGAGUGCUGUUGUACGGACCUCCAGGGACCGGGAAGACUCUGUUGGCCAGAGCGGUGGCUCACCACACGGACUGCACCUUCAUCAGGGUCUCCGGCUCAGAGCUGGUCCAGAAGUUUAUUGGAGAAGGAGCUCGUAUGGUGCGAGAGCUGUUCGUCAUGGCCAGAGAGCACGCUCCCUCCAUCAUAUUUAUGGACGAGAUCGAUUCCAUCGGUUCAUCUCGUCUGGAAGGCGGCUCGGGCGGCGACAGUGAAGUUCAGAGGACGAUGUUAGAGCUGCUCAAUCAGCUCGACGGAUUUGAAGCCACAAAAAAUAUCAAGGUGAUCAUGGCGACCAACAGAAUUGACAUCUUGGACUCUGCCUUGCUACGGCCUGGAAGAAUUGACAGAAAGAUUGAAUUUCCCCCUCCCAACGAAGAGGCGCGUCUCGACAUUUUGAAGAUUCACUCCCGGAAAAUGAACCUCACUCGUGGGAUCAACCUGAGGAAGAUCGCGGAGCUGAUGCCCGGAGCGUCUGGAGCUGAAGUCAAAGGCGUCUGUACCGAGGCCGGCAUGUACGCACUGAGAGAGCGGCGCGUGCACGUGAACCAGGAGGACUUCGAGAUGGCGGUGGCGAAGGUGAUGCAAAAAGACAGCGAGAAGAACAUGUCGAUCAAGAAGUUAUGGAAAUAG